AUGAGUAGAGGAGCAGGCUUUGAUAAACACAUUACAAUUUUCUCCCCAGAUGGAAGACUCUAUCAAGUGGAAUAUGCUUUUAAAGCUGCCAAAUCUGCAGGUCUUACAAGUAUUGCAGUCCGUGGAACUGACUCUGUUGUUCUUUGCAUAGAAAAGAAAGUCCCUGACCGAAUGAUUGUCCCUGAAAGCGUAACUCAUUUAUUUACAGUUGCUGAGAACAUUGGAGCCUGUAUGACUGGUUUACUACCUGACGCCCGCGCUCUAGUAACAAGAAUGCGCAAUGAAGCCAGCGACUACAGAUUUAAGAACGGCAUCCCCUGCCCUGUCAAUAUUUUAGCGAACAGAACAGGAGACCUUGCCCAGGUUUACACCCAGCAAGCCUUUAUGAGACCAUAUGGAGUUAUCACGAUGCUUGCCGGAAUUGACGACGAAUUGGGUCCUCAGCUUUACAAAAUUGACCCUGCUGGGAUGUUCCAAGGUUUCAAAGCCUGCGCAGCAGGCGUUAAAGAGCAAGAAGCUACCAAUUAUUUAGAAAAACAAUGGAAAAAGACUAAUGGAGAACUUAAUAGAGAGCAAGCGGUCGAGAUGGCAAUUGAGUGUUUGCAGAGCGUGAUGGCCCAGGAGUAUAAGUCUAAUGAUAUUGAGGUAGGGAUUGUAACGACUGACCAUCAUGCACUGCGCUUAUUAAGCCAACAAGAAAUAGAAGAAAGGUUAAAUGCAAUAGCUGCUAAAGACUAG